AAGCGUCACGCGGCCGCCGUUGUGUACCCGGUGGAGGCUCAGGUUAUUGUGGGAAAUGGUGCCGCCAAGAGCAUCUGGCCGUUUGAUUUUAUGCUCAAGACACCAUGACAGUAUUUGUGAUGGCUGUUUGCUCCUUUCCCGAUUGGGUCACUUCAAUGGUGUUUCCGCACUAUUGCUGCCUGAAUCUCUAUAUGGCCAUGUCGCGAAGCCUAUGUGUCGAGAACACAUACACAGGGACGCGGGCGAUGUGUGCGCUUCUUUUGCUCAUAACCACAGCCACGCGGGUGGUUAACCCAUACCGAGCAGAAAACAUUGGUUCUAAGCCCAUCUCCCAUCUAUUACGCCUAGCUGAGUGCGAGAACUCGGGUCUCUUAUCUAGCUGCCGGGACGAAUAUCACAUGUUCACACGCAACCUCAGCCUCCCAACACUCGACUCCCCUUCUAACCCCCCUAGCUGCACUAUGGGAAUUUCUGACAAUGCUGAUGGUGCCUUAGUUAGCUAUGGCAGUGAUAGCGUCAGAUCUGCCGCCUGCCUUGUUCCUGGGGUACUGCGAUGUCUAACACGAUGUCUCCGGGGUCAGAGGCCAACCGGACCUCAGGGACGCCAUGGGGUAUCACGCGGUGAGCAUACGGCUCCUCAUCCGAAUCAGGCGAAUAUUGCUCAAUUAGGAGCCGUUACUAAGCUCCGUCGUCCUCAACUGUCAGCAAUAUUUGAUAUUCUGGUUUAUCAUCGCUUAAAUCUGACAUCCCCGGAAGGCAACUGCGUUAGAACGGCUCCCUUUUUCUGAUGUCAGCAGAUAUUCCCACCCACGACUACCGAUGCUAGUCUCCCCUCUUCCAAUAACACCGAGACCUAGGUGACAUCACGAAAUUGGCGGGUAUUGCCACCUUAUAGCCGAUCCUGGUGUUGAUAGUAUCGGAAGAAACCCCAAAUAAUGAAGGGUAGCAGGAUAUCGAUCCCUCGGCAAAAUAUGCCGGAGGU